ACCCGCGUAAGUUUCGCCAGCUGGGGGCCGGUCUCAGAGAUCUUCUUCUUCCUUCCUUUCUUUCACUGUUGGCUUACGGACCCAAGCCCACCCGUGCCCGAUCUCGCCUCACGCCCGCUUGUCCUCGCCUGUGGUCCUACUACUAGGACCUGAGCCUGUCACGACCUGAACCCUUCGACGGCCACGAAGCCAAUUCACAGCCACAGUCUUGUCAGGCAUUGAGCAACGAAUUCAGAAUACAAUGGUGGCCUUUCUUCUGGCCUCUGUCGCGGCGGCGGCAAUGCUGAGCCAGGGUGCUGAGGCCUCUUUUGAGCCUCGUGUCCCCAAGCAGACUGCCGACGUGGUUGCGACGGCUGUCCUCUCCCAGACGACGCCCGCGCCCGAGGGCCCUCCCGCCCUCAUGUACGCCCGAGCAGCGGGCACCUUUACUGGCACCCUGCUCCUCGCGCCCGACAACGUGUGCGGCUAUGUCUCUGGCGACGCGUCGCGGCCGUGGUCCUGCGACGCCACAGACAAGUGCGGUUUUGCAACUGUCAAUGGCGGCUGGGCAGCCUGUUGCAAGGGUCUCUCGUGCAGUAUCAGCCAGGUUGCCUGCGUCGACCGCGCUGCCGUCUCUACCGCGAGCCUGUGUGGUUCGUCCUGCCUUUCCGAUCCCGGGACGAGAAAGUGCACCGUCUCUACCCUCCCGUACUGUGGCACCCUCACUUUCUUUGACGGCAUCGUCGACUACCAGUGUGUCGCCACCAACUCGUCAACCUUUGCCCAGGUCGAGUUGACCUAUGCCGGCCAGGAGAAUUUUGCCAGCGGCGCGACCGCGUACAUGAUGACGACGGUCGUCUUCGAAGCCCAGACCACCUUCACGCUCUCCUCGUCCUCGUCGACCUCGAGCACCAGCACCAUCAGCACACCAGCGACUUCGAGCUCGACCUCUACCACGCCAGUCCCAGCUCCAUCCCAGGGCAGCUCCACACCCAUAGGCGCCAUCGUUGGUGGUGUCGUCGGCGGUGUUGCGCUGAUCGCGCUGAUCGCGUUUGGCAUCUGGUUCAUGAAGUCGCGGCAGAAGAAGGCGGCCAGCGCGGCCGAGGCCCAAGCCAUGAUGAACCAGAACACCGGCGCCGGCGGCCCGCACGCAGGAGUCCCCGGCAUGGCCCCGAUGCAGUCCCCCUACACAACCGGCGCCGGCCAGUAUCCGCCGUCGGGCUACAACCCCAACCCGCAGUACACAGGCUCCGUCGUCGGACCCGAUCCCAGCGUCAGCCCCAACCCGGGAAUGUCCUACUACCAGGACCCAACCAAGCAGGGUUUCCAGCAGAACGUCACCCCCGAUGCUCACCGCCAGUCCUACCAGCAGGGUCCCGUCCCGGCAGCCUGGGCUCAACAUACCGGUGGCUCGGGCCACCAGCCAUCGCAGCACACGGGCAGCUCCGCCACUGCGGCCCAGCAAUACCCUCAGCACAGCGGCAGCCAGCCGACGUACUACGAGGCUUCUGGAAACCCCAUCGGUGCCAACGACCCCAACCCCAACCACCGUGGACAGCUCCACGAGCUCUCAUGAUUCUUUUCGAGGCAGGAUUGGGUUUCGGCUCCGGGGAUCGGGAACGCCAGAUGUCCACAGGAAUGCAGGGAAGAAAUGGCAUGGCGAUGGAGGGGGACAGCCUGCGAGAAAGUGUUCGACAGCAACCUGACAGGGUGCGGUGCGCAUUGCAUUCUAUGUUCUGUUUUUCUUUUCACACAUACCACUAGCAUAUUUACGAUGAACACUUUUGGGGCCAUGGGCAUCUCCGUGGCAUAAUGAACAAAUUUCUUCUG